AUGUGGUGGAAUUCGGGCCCACAUCUCCGACGGCGAAUGCUUGUAGAAUCGGGAAUGGGUGACAGUUACCGCAUGUCCCAAUCAUUCUUUUCCCGGUGCAGCGCCGUCGAUGAGUUCAAGGAUGUGCUCGUGUCGAAGUUCGGCACCUUGUCGCGGGCCUGGCGGGUGCUGGACAUCGAUGGCAGCGGGAAGAUGGACAUGCGCGAGUUCUGUCAGGCCCUCAACCGCAUGGGGUAUGUUGGAAACAUUCGUACGCUGUGGCAUCUUCUGGACUCUACCAACGCAGGCAGUAUCUCGCUGGAGGAGCUAGACCCGCGAGCAGCGGCCGCUUUGGAGAAGUUUCGAGUAGUGAGCCUGCAGCAUCACGACUCCAUCGAGCACAUGUGGAAGAACAUCUUUGACAUUGAGAGAACGAACGCUGUCAACUUGAAGCUCUUCAUCCAGGGCUGCCACGCGCUGGGCUAUGAAGACGAAAUGGAGGCGGAGGAACUCUUUCACCAGCUGCUGCUGAAGAGUGCCGGCCAGCAUUUGGCCCUUGAGGACCUGCAAUUCCUCCAAAACUGGGAGGAGACGAAGAGGCGCAAGCUGGAGAGACGUCGUCUGGGCCUCCGCUGGGUAAACCGGGAUCCUUUCUUGACCUCACAGGUGCUGGAUCCAAGCCGCUCAUCAAACACCACCGAGUACUCCGAGCAGGUCUCCAUGGACAUGGAAAAGGAAGUGCGGCAUUUCCGGGAGUACCUGAGCAAGACCUUCGGCUCGCUGCCGCAGGCCUUCGAGGAGAUGGAUGCAAACAAGACCCUGGGAGUGGAGAGCUCUCACUGGAUCCUUGACAGCCUUCACUUGUCGUCGCACUCUUUAGGCUUUUAUGAUACUCCUGCCUUGGUGUGCAAUUUCUGGUCAUGCGGCCACGAGGUGGAGUUCCAGUCUGUGGUCGCCAACCUCUUGCGCUACUGUCGACAUGGUGAGGCUCGGCGACUCUUUCGUGCGCUGAUUGGCGAGGGGGAACUUGGGAGGUUGACUUGGCAGGAGCUCGGCAUCUCCAAAGUGGAAUGGACCGCUUACCGGAUGCAGAAGUCCAUGGAGGCUCGGCGGCAGAAGACCGAGGCAAUCCUGAAUGCCCGGGCGCCUUUGGGUGCAAGCCCCCGAAUGAAGCAUGCGGAGAGUCACCACGUCGAGCGCAUCCGAGAGAAAAAGUCGGCAGGAAAAUUUGUCUUUAACUCGCCGCUGCCUCCUGGCUGGGGACCUCCUCCCGACUUCGUGCCGUUGGAACCUCCGGCAAGCAGGGUCGCCCAAAUCUCGCUGAACACGGCGUCGGGUGAGAAUUUGUGA